UCCCUAGGUUCUCUUUAUUGUUACAGCGUUAAUAUCUUAAGAUUUGGAGGUAAACGGAAAUGGAGAAUCAGCAACUAUACUUCAACCUUACUGUAAAUUGACAAACACUAACACUAAAAAGUUUCGAAGUUAAAAGGAAGUAAGUUCCACCUUCUAUGCUUUGUAGAGGUAUAAAAACAAAACAAAACAAAACAAACUGACUAGACAGGCUACCCACUACAUACUCCAACCGACCUCAACGACCGGAGGAGGAAGCGCAACCGGUUCUAGCAACUCCCCCGCCACCCUGGCCCAUAACGCUUCACCACGUUCUGUCACGGACGGAAGUGACGCAUAACCUGCGACGGCAGUGCCUGCCGCCCACUGCCGCGGGAGUCGGGUUUCGGUAGCACCAGAGACAGCAGACUUUCCUCCGAUGGUUGCAGCAGAGGGAUCAUGACGGGGAAAAAGUCCUCCCGGGAGAAACGGCGCAAACGUAGCAGUCAAGAGGCGGCUGCGGCGCUCGCGGCCUCGGACAUCGUACCCGCCUUGGCCAGCGGCGGCAGUGGAAGCACUAGCGGCUGCGGGAGCGUCGGGGGCUGCGGGAGCGUCAGCUGCUGUGGGAACGCCAGCUUUAGUGGAAGUGUCACCGGCGGUGGGAGCGGCGGCAGCUGCUGGGGCGGGAGCAGCGUGGAGCGUAGUGAGCGCCGGAAGCGGAGGAGUACCGACUCUUCCAGCGUCUCGGGCUCCUUGCAGCAGGAAACCAAAUAUAUUUUGCCCGCUUUGGAAAAAGAAUUAUUCUUGGCAGAGCACAGUGACCUUGAAGAAGGUGGACUGGACCUGACUGUGUCAUUGAAACCAGUUAGUUUCUAUAUAUCAGACAAAAAAGAAAUGCUUCAGCAGUGCUUCUGUAUUAUAGGAGAGAAGAAGUUACAGAAGAUGCUUCCUGAUGUGUUAAAGAACUGUUCAAUAGAAGAAAUUAAAAAACUAUGCCAGGAACAGUUAGAGCUCCUGUCUGAAAAAAAAAUUUUGAAGAUUCUUGAGGGUGACAAUGGAAUGGAUUCUGAUAUGGAAGAGGAAGCAGAUGAUGGUUCUAAGAUGGGAUGUGAUUUAGUCAGUCAGCAAGACAUCUGUAUAGAUUCUGCUUCAUCCAUGAGAGAGAAUAAGCAACCUGAAGGUUUGGAAUUAAAACAAGGAAAAGGGGAAGAUAGUGAUGUACUCAGUAUAAAUGCAGAUGCUUAUGACAGCGACAUAGAAGGCCCAUGCAAUGAAGAAGCAGCUGCUCCCGAGGCACCAGAAAAUACAGUCCAAAGUGAAGCUGGUCAGAUAGAUGACCUGGAGAAAGACAUUGAGAAAAGUGUGAAUGAGAUUCUAGGACUGGCAGAGUCUAGCCCAAAUGAACCCAAAGCAGCCACCUUGGCUGUUCCUCCACCAGAAGAUGUUCAACCUUCUGCACAGCAGCUGGAGCUGCUAGAACUUGAGAUGAGGGCAAGAGCGAUUAAGGCCCUAAUGAAAGCUGGUGAUAUAAAAAAGCCAGCGUAGGUAUUUAACUUGAGUUUGAAUUUUAGGUGUGUUUGAACAAAGUCACAUCAUUUAAUUUUGUAUCUAAAAUUUAUUUGGGGUCUUAUAUGUUAUUUCUCAUGUAACCCUUAUUAGGUCAACUUAUUUUAGCCCUAAAAUACCUGUGGCUGUUUCUUUUUAUUUUUUAUUUUUUUGACUACUUUUAUAUUAUAGAUGUGUGUUAGUGUCUUAUGAAUUCAUGGCAGUAUAGCUGGAUAGCCUGGAUACUUUGUUAGAUGAGUAUUUAGCUGUGUCUGCAAAUCUUAAAAGCCAUUAGCAAAGAGUCAUGGUAGUUUUUUCUUUAUUUUUAAAUGUUUGGGCACCAAACCUAAAAGCAAAAGAUUGACCAAGCAUGUUUUUGUUAAGGCUACUUAUAUUUUACAAUACAAUAUUAAAUUAUUGCUUUAAAUUUGUUAACAAUUUGAGAAAUUUAGUUUUGCUUAUAUGCACUUUUUAAAUAUAUACUAUUUUGAAGAUUCCUUAUGUAGAUGCAAAUUUCCUAGUUAAAACUGAGUAACAGAGCUCUGAAAUGACUGAGAAAAACUUUUUAUUAAAGGAAGGAAUUAAGGCAAUGUUUUAACAAUGUGGAACUAAUUGCCCAUGUUUAAUUAUAGCAGACAAGCCAUUCUAACAGGUAUUUGAUACCACUGGAUGCAUUAUUCUAGAUUUUUUUCUUUAAUAAAAAUGGAGCAAGUUUUCAUUUACAUUCCAAGCUGUCAGGAAAUGGAGAAUAUUUUAUUAUCUAGGAUUUUAUCUGAUGUAGUUGCUUAAAGAUCUGAUGUGCUAUAAUUUCAUGAAUCAGAAAUAAUAAAAUGCUGUCAUUCUGGACCUGAAGACUUUUGAUACUUUUUCAAAAGCAAAAUUGAUUUCAGGAACCUUUGAUAAGUUGUUAUAAUUAAUCUAAUUUUGUAUAGUUUUUGUAAAUAAAUUACCAUCCUUCCACAAUUAUGGAUGCUUUUAUCCCCCCAUCACUAAUUGCAGUUGUUUGAUACCAAAAUAAAUUUACAUAGAGAUCCUUAACUUAAAAUAAAUUAAUUUUUUCAAAAAACAUAAAUCUCGAACUGUUGUUUCUAUAUUUGAUAACGAAUACAUUGUAUUUUAUUUAUCAGCCGUGGUCUACUGAUACUAUAUGAGGAUUUUCCUUAUAUAUAAAAGUUGCAGGGAUUGUAUUUUAUUUAGCUGCUUUAAUUAUGUUAAUUUUUUUAAGGAUUUUAAAAUGGAAAUAGAGGACAUUUAUGAAACGUUGGAAUUGCAGUUAUAAAUUCUUUUUGUUGUUGUUGUUCCUGAACAUGCCUUGGAAUAAUUCUACCAUUUUUUCCCCUCCGUAAAUAUUUCUAAUAAAGCAUAGAAGAAGCCUAAUGAUUUUAAAUGCUUCUCUUAGACUGGUAAACAGAUUUGAGUUAUGAGUUUCAUUGCUAUUACUUCAAGACGAAAAGACAUUGAUACAAUUUUUCUAUUUCAACUUAAAGUAAUAGUUAAUAUGCUAAAGUAGUACGGAAUAAACUUUAUUGCUGCUUACUAAUUACAAAAUACUGUAGAUGGCAUCUGUAUGAUUAAACAUAUAAGGUAAAAAAGGCCUGAGGGCUUUGUAGAUGAUUAAAGUCUCCACCUUCAUGAAGCAUUGUGUGUCUGUUCUACUCUAUGCAGAAUGGUUUACAGGACAUUUGACUGGAGUGGAUAUGUGUGAGGUAGAAUGAACAGAACAAAUUAGAGUCUUCUUAAUUC